AUGGGACAUAAAAACUCAAAAAUUCUCGAUACAAUAUCAGAUUUACCAAAAUUUACACCGGAAGAAAUCCAACGAAUUUAUAAACGUUUUAUCAAGAUGGAUACAGAUAAUUCAGGAUCUAUUGAUCGCUGCGAGUUCUUAUCAAUUCCACAAAUUUCGAAAAACCCAUUAGCAGCACGUCUUUUUGCCGUAGUUGAUAAAGACGGGGACGGCAGCAUGGAUUUUAACGAACUAUUGCAAAGCCUUAGCCUUUUUUCCACUAAAGGCUAUAAAAAAGAAAAACUAAGAUUUGCCUUUAGGAUAUAUGAUAUGGACCGUGACGGAUAUAUUUCAAAUGGGGAACUUUUCCUCGUCCUCAAAAUGAUGACCGGCAAUAACCUUAAAGAUCGACAACUUCAACAGCAAGGCAACAAUCCUCCACCAUUUAUUCCAGUUUAA